ACUUUUUUUUUUAAUAGGCUUUUUAAGAACAGUUUUAGAUUUAGAGUAAUUGAGAAGAUAGUACAUGGAGAUCCCACAUACCACACGUGUGGCUUCCCCUCUUAUUAACAUCUUACCUUAGUGUGCUACAUUUGUUUUAUAUAUAUAUAUUUUUGAGACAGAGUCUCGCUGCGACACCCAGGCUAGAGUGCAAUCGUGCAAUCUUGGCUCACUGCAACCUCUGCUUCCCAGUUUCAAGUGAUUCUUCUGCCUCAGCCUCUCGAGUAGCUGGGACUACAGGUACGUGCCACCAUGCCCAGCUAAUUUUUGGGCGAGAGCCAGUGCACCUGGCCCAUUUGUUAUGAUUAAUGAACCAAUAUUGAGACACAAGUAACUGAAGUCCACACUUUGACAGUUUCCUUAGGUUUGCCUCAUGUCCCUAAUGUGGUAUCCAUCAGAACACCCCAUUACAUUGAGUUAUGUGUCUUUAGGCUCCUUCUCAGACUUUCAUCGUUUUUGAUGACUUUGACAGUUUCGAAGAGUACUGGGCAGAUAUUUUGAAGAAUGUCCCUCAAUAAAAAUGUGUCUGUUUUCUCCUGGUUAGACUGGGACUGCAGGUUACAGAAAGGAAGCAUCUAGGGGUGAAGUGCCACUGUCACCCCAUCACAUCAGGGACACACACUGUCACCUUGACUGUAACUGUGAGGCUGACCUGGGUCACUUGGCUGAGGUGGAGUCUGCCACUUUUUUCCACAAUAAAGUGGCUCUUUCCCUCAUUUUCUUUAUUGCACUCUUUGGGAGGAAGUGGCUAUGUGUGGUCUACACUUGAGAGGGGAGUUACGUUUCCCUCCUUGAGGGUGAGUAUCUACACAAUUUAUUUGGGCAGCUUUUUUUUUUUUUGAGUCAGGGUCUCAGUCUGUCACCCAGGUUGGAGCGCAGUGGUUGCCUGGCCUUGACAGCUUUUUAAUAGUUUAAAGUGAAUUGAGGCUGGGCGAGGUUGCUCACGCCUGUAACUCCAGCACUUUGAGAGGCCGAGGCGGGUGGAUCACUUGAGCCCAGGAGUUCAAGACCAGCCUGGGCAACAGUGAGACCCUGUGUCUACUAAAAAUACAAAAAUUAGCCGGGCAUGGUGGUGUGUGCCUGUAAUUCCAGCUACUCAGGAGGCUGAAUGGAGAAUCACCUGAGCCCAGGGAAGUUGAGGCUGCAAUGAGCAGUGGUUUCACCACUGCACUCUAGCCUGUGUGACAGACUGACACCCUGUCUAUAAAAAAAAAAGAAAAAAGAACUGAAAUAAGACCCAAGUCCAACAUUAGCAGAACCUCUCUAGAAUGUCCACAGAAACGACUCUGGGGUUCUGAGGAACACAGUCUAGGCAAACCUGGGCACAUCCCCUCAGUGCCACAGUUGUAAAUGUAUUGUAACACGUAACAGUUGUGAGAUUCAGGCACAGUCUGGGUCUCUGUUCCUGGAAAGUGUGAUCCUGUGGGCGCAGCCCCUGCUUGCUUGGCUGUGUUGCCUGCCUGGCGCCUGCUCUAAUGAGCCCACUGCCCAGAGUUUGCUCAAACCACCCAAUUCCGAGUCUGGGAACCAGAAGACCGCUGGACACCCCGCUCACCACACGGAAGACUGUGGCCUGAGUCAGGAGAAGGAAGUUUCUGGCGGUCGAGCUUCCACGGCUUCCUGAGGGAGGCUGCAGUGAGCCGAGAUCGCGCCAUUGCGCUAUAGCCUGGGCGUCGCAGCGAGACUGUCUCAAAAAAAGAAAAAAAAAUCCUGAGCGAGAUUCCAGGGCUUCCUGAGGGCGCGUUUAAGUUGUAGUUGCUGAGGAGGCAGCAAGGUGAGCUUGCGUCAGCGAGGAGCCACUCCAGCACGCUCGGGAAGGGCAUCGUUACUGCCGCAAACAAGCACACGGCCCUCCACGACGAACCGUUUGCAAGGGAAGGCGCACGAACAGGCCCGGAGGGACUACGAAGAAACCCAGAAACCAGACUUGGACACAUGAAAUAAAGGGGUUAGCUGAAGGAAUACUCCACAGGAAAGGACGGCCUGCGCGAGGUCACCCGCCCCGUCUUGGUUUUCUGGCACUUCGCUCCAGUUAGUUUCCCAAGUCCCGCCUACGCGCGCGCCCGCUGAGAAAACGCCCACCCCGGCGGUCCCGCCGCAGGUCACAGGCAGUGCGGACCCCGGGACUGUGUCCCGGCUUCGGUGUCCAGGGAGCUCCAAGACACCCAAACCUUCCGUGGUUUCCACCUCUGCAAGCUCACGUUCCGCUGAGCUCAAGCUGAGGGACGACGACCUCAUGCGACGUCAGUUUCCCCCGGGACCGCGAACCCACGGCCCCAUUUCUCUUCUACUAAAAACCUUUUCUUUUCUUUUAAACCUAAGACAUCAGUGAGACACACGAGCAGACACGGGCUCGGUCGGGAAAGGCGGGAGCUCCAAACGGCGGGGCCUACAGGUCCAGGCGGUUCGCGGGCUUUCUGACCGCAUUCGGCCGAGUUCUUCUCUGAAGACCCGGGACCCCCGGCCGAGGGGGCGCAUUCGGCGGGCUGGUGGUGUAGGAUUUUGUUUCGGGUUCCCAGGGUCCCGGCAAGGGUGAGGGAGCCAUUGCGGAUCCCCUCAAAUUCACCUCAGCAACCUCAUCCGUAGUAGGCCUCAACUUCCCGCGGCGGCCCACAACCGACGACUAAUGCCUGAGCGGGAAAAAACGGCCUGGCCCUGUCCGGGUGGUUGCUGAGCGCCGUCCGGCGCCGCCCGCGCGUGCAAGGAGCCCGGCCCGCGGUCCCAGUGGACACAAAGCCCAGGCGCCGCCCGCGCGGGACCAGCAGCGCGAACAUUUUGCCGCUCGGCCAGCCUGGUAGGGGCUUUUAAAAUUGGCCAAUCACAGCGGGCGCCAGGCCUCCGCUAUCCGCUUACUGGUCCUGCCGUAGGAGGCGGGUACGUGAGCGCACCAAUCUGUGGCCGGCGAGCGUGUAGGGCGGGGCUCCGCCCAGACUGCACCGCGCUGAGCGCGCGUGCGCGAGACCGGGAACGCGGCCCCCUGAUUGGCAGCGCGUGUCGGGGGCGGGGCCGCGGCUGCGUGACAGUUGUCGCGGGGGAGGGCGAACCCCAGCGCGGGGGAGGGAGUGUAAAUAGAGCGAAGGCUGCUCUGUGUCAGCCCCGUCACCGCCGGGCGGCCCGCGCGGAGUCUGAGGGAGAUGGAAGUUGAGCAAGAGCAGCGGCGCAGAAAGGUGGAGGCCGGGAGGACGAAGCUUGCUCACUUCCGACAGAGAAAAACAAAAGGUGACAGUUCGCAUUCGGAGAAAAAGACGGCGAAGAGGAAGGGCUCGGCUGUCGAUGCGCCUGUCCAGGAGGAGAGUCCGGUAGCCAAGGAGGACAGCGCACUCCGUGGAGGAGGGGACAUUUGCAAAAGCAUAUCAUGUGACGACACCUCUGAUGGGGCAGGAGGGGCCUUUGCAGCUCAGGCGGAGGACUGUGAUGGAGAGAAGAGAGAGGACUUGGAACAGCUGCAGCAGAAGCAAGUCAAUGACCACCAACCAGAACAGCGUGGGAUGUUCACGGUCAGUGACCACCAACCAGAACAGCGUGGGAUCUUCACAAUGAGUGACGAUCAUCUAGAACAGCGUGGGAUGUUCACGGUCAGUGACCACCAACCAGAACGGUGUGAGAUCUUCACAAUGAGUGACGAUCGUCCAGAACAGCGUGGGAUGUUCACAGUCAGUGACCACCAACCAGAACGGUGUGGGAUCUUCACAAUGAGUGACGAUCGUCCAGAACAGCAUGGGAUGUUCACAGUCAGUGACCACCAACCAGAACAGCGUGAGAUCAUCACAAAGGCAUGUGAACAAGAAUGUGAACUUGCCAUUACUGACCUGGAGAGCGGCCGUGAAGAUGAGGCUGGCUUGCAGCAGAGUCAGGCCGUGCAUGGCCUUGAACUGGAGGCGCUGCGCCUGAGUCUGAGCAACAUGCACACGGCGCAGCUGGAGCUGACACAGGCCAACCUCCAGAAGGAGAAGGAGACGGCGCUGACGGAGCUGCGGGAGAUGCUCAACAGCCGGCGUGCCCAGGAGCUGGCCCUGCUACAGAGCAGGCAGCAGCACGAGCUGGAGCUCCUCAGGGAGCAGCACGCACGGGAGAAGGAGGAGGUGGUGCUCAGGUGUGGACAGGAAGCAGCUGAGCUGAAGGAGAAGUUACAAUCAGAAAUGGAGAAAAACGCCCAGAUAGUAAAGGUACCCGGGAUCGAUUCUAAAAUGCACGCCUCUGUGUAUGUUGUUUUUCCUUUCUCACUAGGUCCCAUGGGAACGCUCCUCGCCUUGAUUCAGACAGAAGCCGGUCGAGGCUUUAUUAGAAUAUGCUGGUUGAAAACCCUGAAGGAAGACUGGGAAUCUGAAAAAGAUUUAUGUUUAGAAAAUCUACGCAAAGAAUUGUCUGCAAAGCAUCAAUCAGAAAUGGAGGAUUUACAAAACCAGUUUCAUAAAGAAUUGGCAGAACAGAGAGCUGAGUUGGAGAAGAUUUUUCAAGACAAAAACCAGGCUGAAUGGGCCCUAAGGAACCUGGAGAGUCAUCAUCAAGCAGCCAUUGAGAAGUUACGUGAAGACCUGCAGUCCGAGCACGGCCGGUGUUUAGAAGACUUGGAGUUCAAGUUCAAAGAGAGCGAGAAAGAAAAACAGCUGGAGUUAGAGAAUCUUCAAGCAUCAUAUGAAGACCUGAAGGCGCAAUCACAAGAAGAGAUCAGGCGCUUGUGGUCCCAGCUUGAUUCUGCCAGGACCAGUAGACAGGAAUUGAGUGAGCUACGUGAGGAACUCCUGGCGCGCGCCUCUCACGUGGAAGAUUUAGAACAGCUGAAGCAGCGAGAAAAAACCCAGCAUGAGUCUGAACUGGAGCAACUGAGGAUUUAUUUUGAAAAGAAAUUAAGGGAUGCUGAGAAAACUUACCAAGAAGACCUAACCUUGUUACAGCAGAGGCUGCAGGGGGCGAGCGAAGAUGCUCUUCUGGACUCUGUGGAAGUUGGGUUGUCCUGUGUGGGUUUAGAAGAGAAACCUGAGAAAGGAAGAAAAGAUCACAUUGAUGAACUCGAGCCUGAGCAACAUAAGGAGAGACUGCCGUGCUUCCAGGCGGAGUUAGAAGAAAGCCACAGGCACCAGUUGGAAGCGCUGGAGUCUCCCCUCUGCAUCCAGCACGAGGGGCAUGUCUCAGACAGAUGCUGUGCAGAGACUUCAGCGUUGGGACACGGGUGGCGUCUGGAGCCCUCCGAAGGGCACAGCCAAGAGCUUCCCUGGGUGCAUCUCCAGGGUGUGCAGGAUGAGGACUUGGAGGCCAACACAGAGGUGGCAGCCAGAGUCUUGGGUCUGGAAACUGAGCACAAGGUUAAACUUUCGCUUCUUCAGACUGAGCUCAAGGAAGAAAUUGAACUCCUAAAAAUAGAAAAUAGAAAUUUGUACGAGAAGCUGCAGCAUGAAACCCGUCUGAAGGAGGAUUUGGAGAAGGUAAAACACAAUCUAGUUGAAGACCACCAGGAGGAACUAAAUAAUGCUAAGCAAAAGACUGAGCUGAUGAAACAGGAAUUCCAAAAAAAAGAAAUGGACUGGAAAGCUAUGAAGGAGGAGCUACAGCGGGAAGCUGAGGAGAAGUUAACGUUGAUGCUUCUUGAACUGAGAGAAAAGGCUGAAUCCGAGAAACAGACCAUCAUAAACAAGUUUGAGCUUCGAGAAGCUGAAAUGAGGCAGCUUCAGGACCAACAGGCAGCCCAGAUCCUGGAUCUGGAGAGGUCCUUGACGGAGCAGCAGGGCCGCCUGCAGCAGCUGGAACAGGACCUCACUUCAGAUGACGCCCUGCAUUGCAGCCAGUGUGGGCGGGAGCCGCCCACAGCCCAGGAUGGGGAGCUUGCCGCACUCCACGUGAAGGAAGACUGCGCCCUGCAGCUGAUGCUGGCCCGGAGCAGGUUUUUAGAGGAACGUAAAGAGAUCACCGAGAAAUUCAGUGCUGAACAAGAUGCCUUCCUGCAGGAGGCCCAGGAGCAGCACGCCCGCGAGCUGCAGCUCCUGCAGGAGAGACACCAGCAGCGGCUCCUGUCAGUGACAGCGGAGCUCGAGGCCAGACACCAGGCCGCGUUGGGCGAGCUGACAGCCUCCUUAGAGAGCAAGCAGGGGGCUCUGCUGGCCGCACGUGUGGCCGAACUGCAGACAAAACAUGCUGCCGACCUCAGCGCUCUGGAGACCAGACAUCUGUCCAGCCUUGAUUCUUUGGAAUCCUGUUACCUGUCUGAAUUUCAGACCAUCCGUGAGGAGCACAGGCAGGCCCUAGAGCUCUUACGAGCAGACUUUGAGGAACAACUGCGGAAAAAGGACUGUCUUCACCAAACGAUUUUGACUCAAGAGUUGGAGAAACUGAAGCGGAAACAUGACAGGGAGCUACAGUCUGUGCGGGACCGCCUGCGAACCGAAGCGAGCACAGAGCUUGCCGGAACCGUGGCUCACGAGCUGCAGGGAACACACCAGGGUGAAUUUGGAAGUGAAAAGAAAACUGCUUUGCAUGAAAAAGAGGAGACACUUCAGCUUCAGAGUGCACAGGCACAGCCUUUUCACCAAGAGGAGAAAGAGUCUUUGUCUCUGCAGCUUCAAAAGAAGAAUCACCAAGUCCAGCAGCUGAAAGACCAGGUUUUAUCCUUAAGUCACGAGAUAGAAGAGUGCCGCUCCGAGUUGGAGGUGCUGCAGCAGAGGUGGGAGCGGGAGAACCGGGAAGGCGCAAACCUCCUCUCCAUGCUCAAGGCCGACGUCGACCUGUCCCACAGGGAAAGAGGGGCCCUCCAGGACGCCCUGCGCAGGCUGCUGGGUUUGUUUGGAGAGAUGCUGAGGGCAGCCAUAACCCUGAGGAGCCGGAUCGGGGAGCGCGUGGGGCUCUGCCUGGAUGACGCGGGCGCAGGCCUGGCCCCGUCGGCAGCUCCGGCGCUGGAGGAGACGUGGUCUGAUGUGGCCCUCUCGGAGUUGGACAGAACUUUGUCUGAAUGUGCAGAGAUGUCUUCCGUGGCUGAAAUCAGCAGCCACAUGCGUGAGAGCUUUCUCAUGAGCCCAGAAAGCGUGCGGGAAUGUGAGCAGCCCAUCCGGAGGGUCUUCCAGAGCCUCAGCCUGGCCGUGGACGGCCUCCUGGAGAUGGCCCUGGACUCCAGCAGGCAGCUGGAAGAAGCACGCCAAAUUCAUUCUCGUUUUGAAAAAGAAUUUAGUUUUAAAAAUGAGGAGACAGCACAGGUUGUCAGGAAGCACCAGGAGCUGCUGGAGUGCUUGAAGGAGGAGAGCACAGCAAAGGCAGAGCUGGCGCUGGAGCUGCACAAGACUCAGGGUACCCUCGAGGGAUUCAAGGUGGAGACAGCAGAUCUGAAGGAGGUGCUGGCCGGGAAGGAGGAUUCCGAGCACCGUCUGGUGCUGGAGCUGGAGAGCCUGAGACGGCAGCUGCAGCAGGCGGCCCAGGAGCAGGUGGCGCUGAGGGAGGAGUGCACCCGUCUGUGGAGCUGGGGGGAGGCCGCAGCCACGGACGCCGAGGUCAGAGAAGCUGCUCUCCGGAAGGAAGUGGAGGAUCUGACCAAAGAACAGUCGGAGACCAGGAAGCAGGCCGAGAAGGACCGCUCAGCCCUGCUCUCCCAGAUGAAGAUUUUGGAGUCUGAGUUAGAAGAACAGCUGUCUCAGCAUCGCGGGUGUGCCAAGCAGGCGGAGGCCGUCACUGCCCUGGAACAGCAGGUGGCAUCUCUGGACAAGCAUUUGCGCAACCAGCGGCAAUUCAUGGAUGAGCAGGCUGCUGAGCGGGAGCACGAGCGCGAGGAGUUCCAGCAGGAGAUUCAGAGGCUGGAGGGGCAGCUCCGCCAGGCGGCCAGGCUGCAGCCCUGGGGCCCUCGCGACAGCCAGCAGACGCCCCUGAAUGGAGAGGUUGAGUUGUUACAACAAAAGUUGAGAGAAAAGUUGGAUGAAUUUAAUGAAUUAGCUAUACAGAAAGAGUCGGCAGAUAGACAAGUGUUAAUGCAGGAAGAAGAAAUUAAACGUCUGGAGGAGAUGAACAUCAACAUCAGGAAAAAAGUGGCCCAGCUCCAGGAAGAAGUGGAAAAACAGAAAAACAUUGUGAAAGAGCUGGAACAGGAUAAAGAGGUGUUAAAGAAACAGCAGAUGAGUAGCUUGCUUCUGGUGUCCACAUUGCAGUCUACACUAGAUGCAGGCAGAUGUCCCGAGCCUCCUUCAGGCAGCCUUCCUGAGGGUCCAGAAGUACAGUUAGAGGUGACACAGAGCGCGCUCCUGCAGCGCGAGAGCGAGGUUUUGGACUUAAAAGAGCAGCUAGAAAAGAUGAAAGGUGACUUAGAAAGUAAAAAGGAAGAAAUACUACAUCUGAACUUAAAAUUAGACAUGCAGAACAGCCAGACUGCUAUCAGCCUCAGAGAACUUCAGGAAGAGAACACGAGCUUGAAGGUCGUAUAUACCAGAAGUUCUGAGAUUGAAGAGCUGAAAGCCACUAUUGAAAGUCUGCAAGAGAACCAGAAACGAUUACAAAAGGAGAAAGCAGAGGAAAUUGAACAACUCCAUGAAGUCAUUGAGAAGCUGCAGCACGAGCUGUCCGUCAUGGGGCCCGUGGUGCACGAAGUCAGCGACAGUCAGGCUGGCAGUCUGCAGAGCGAGCUGCUCUGCUCCCAGGCCAGGGGCCCUCGUGGGCAGGCCCUGCAGGGCGAGCUCGAGGCUGUGCUGGAAGCCAAGGAGGCCCUGAGCCGGCUGCUGGCUGACAAGGAGCGUGGGCACAGCCAGGCCCUGGAGGCCCUGCAGCAGCGCCUCCAGGGCGCAGAGGAGGCUGCGGAGCGGCAGCUGGCUGAGCUGGAGCGCAGUACAGCCCUCAGGGAGGCUGAGGUCAAAGGCAUGGCCUCCCGGAUCCAGGAGUUCGAAGCAGCCCUGAAAGCAAAGGAAGCGAUGAUUGCCGAGAGAAAUUUAGAAAUUGACGCACUGAACCAGCGGAAGGUGGCCCACUCUGCCGAGCUGGAGGCCGUCCUGUUGGCCUUGGCCUGUAUCCGCCGCGCCCUGGAGCAGCAGCCCCUGGCAGCCGGGGCGGAGCCUCCUGAGCUGCAGCAGCUCCGAGCGCAGUGUGGCCGCCUCAGCCGCCAGCUGCAGGUGCUGCACCAGCGGUUCCUGAGGUGCCAGGUGGAGCUGGACAGGCGGCAGGCCUCCAGAGCCACAGUUCACACGCGGGUGCCCGGGGCCCACCCACAGCCUCGCGUGGAUGGUGGCGCCAAGGCCCAGGUCGCCGGCGAUGUGGAGGCCUCCUGUGAUGCUGCUUUGGAACCUGUUGUCCCUGACCCACAGGGUGAUCUGCAGCCCGUCCUGGUGACGUUGAAGGACGCACCUCUCUGCAAGCAAGAAGGCAUAAUGUCGGUGCUCACCGUCUGCCAGAGGCAGCUGCAGUCGGAGCUGCUCUUGGUGAAAAAUGAAAUGCGCCUGAGUCUGGAGGACGGCGGCAAGGGUGAGGAAAAAGUACUGGAAGAUUGUCAGCUGCCAAAGGUUGAUCUCAUAGCUCAGGUGAAACAACUUCAGGAAAAACUGAACCGUUUGCUGUAUUCCAUGACCUUCCAGAAUGUGGAUGCUGCCAACACCAAAUCUCCGUGGCCCUUGGCCUCAGCACACCCGUUGGAGAGCAGCUGGAGUGAUGAUUCCUGUGACGGAGAAGAGCCUGACAUAUCACCCACCAUAGACACGUGUGAUGCCAAUACAGCCACGGGGGGUGUAACUGAUGUUAUCAGAAAUCAGGCCAUAGACGCAUGUGAUGCCAAUACAGCCAUGGGGGGUGUAACUGAUGUUAUCAAAAAUUGGGAUUCCUUGAUACCAGAUGAAAUGCCAGAAUCUCCCAUUCAAGAAAAAUCAGAAUGUCAGGACAGGUCCCUUUCUUCACCGACCAGCGUGCUUGGCGGCCCCCACCACCAGAGCCACACUGCAGAGGCUGGGUCCCGGAAGAGCCCGGUCGGGAUGCUGGACCUGUCUUCCUGGAGUUCCCCUGAGGUCCUCAGGAAGGACUGGACCCUGGAGCCCCGGCCCAGCCUCCCUGUGACACCCCACUCAGGAGCCCUGAGCCUGUGCAGUGCUGACACAUCCCUGGGGGACAGGGCGGACACCUCGCUGCCACAGACGCAGGGACCGGGGCUGCUUUGUUCCCCGGGUGUGUCCGCAGCAGCGCUGGCCCCGCGGUGGGCCGAGUCUCCGCCGGCUGACGACCACCAUGUGCAAAGGACGGCUGUGGAGAAAGAUGUUGAAGAUUUUAUCACAACAUCCUUUGAUUCUCAAGAAACAUUAAGUUCUCCUCCUCCUGGAUUAGAAGGAAAAACUGAUAGAAGUGAGAAAAGUGACGGCUCGGGUUUUGGAGCAAGACUGAGCCCGGGGUCAGGAGGCCCUGAGGCUCAACCUGCUGGUCCUGUGACCCCUGCUCCCGUCUCUGGAAGGUUUCAGCCGCUGCCGGAAGCCAUGAAGAAGGGAGUGCAUCCGAAGCACGUGAAGGCUUUGCUGCAGAUGGUGCGUGACGAGAGCCACCAGAUCCUGGCGCUGUCAGAAGGCCUUGUACCCCCGAGCGGCGAGCCGCGCCCACCCCGGAAGGAAGACGAGGAAGUGCCCACCACGUGCCCCGAUUGGAGAGGAGACCUUCUGCAGGUUGUGCAAGAGGCAUUUGAAAAAGAGCAGGAGCUGCAGCCCCGACACAGUGGCUCAGAUCCGGGGGAUCACAGCUCCCUGCUUGAAAGGCUGGAGAAGAUCAUCCGUGAGCAGGGAGACCUGCAGGAAAAGUCCCCGGAGCAUCUUCGCCUGCCGGACCGGAGCAGCCUGCUGUCCGAGAUCCAGGCUCUGCGCGCCCAGCUGCGCAUGACGCACCUGCAGAACCAGGAGAAGCUGCAGCACUUGCGCACGGCGCUGACAAGCGCAGAGGCGCGUGGGAGCCAGCAGGAGCACCAGCUGCGCAGGCAGGUUGAACUGCUGGCUUAUAAAGUAGAGCAGGAGAAGUGCAUUGCUGGUGACUUGCAGAAGACGCUGAGUGAAGAGCAAGAGAAAGCAAACGGCGUGCAGAAGCUCCUGGCGGCGGAGCAGACUGUGGUGCGAGAUUUGAAGUCCGACCUCUGUGAGAGCAGGCAGAAGAACGAACAGCUGUCCCGGUCCCUCUGCGAGGUGCAGCAGGAGGUCCUCCAGCUGAGAUCCAUGUUGAGCAGUAAGGAGAACGAGCUGAAGGCCACGCUUCAGGAGCUGGAGACUGAGCAGGGGAAGGGGCGUGUCCUGCAGAGCCAGCUGGAGGAGGAGCAGCUGCGGCACCUGCAGAGGGAGGGCCAGAGUGCCAAGGCCUUGGAGGAGCUGCGGGCGUCUUUGGAGACACAGCGUGCUCAGAGCAGUCGACUCCGCGUGGCACUGAAACACGAGCAGACGGCCAAGGACAACCUGCAGAAGGAGCUGCGCAUCGAGCACUCACGCUGCGAGGCCUUGCUGGCUCAGGAGCGGAGCCAGCUCUCUGAGCUCCAGAAGGACCUUGCAGCUGAGAAGAGCCGCACCCUGGAGCUGUCAGAGGCCUUGCGGCAUGAGCGGCUCCUGACGGAGCAGCUGAGCCAGAGGACACAGAAGGCUUGCGUGCACCAGGACACACAGGCCCAUCACGCUCUGCUGCGGAAGCUGAAGGAGGAGAAGUCCCGGGUGGUGGACUUGCAAGUGAUGCUUGAAAAGGUGCAGCAGCAAGCCCUGCAUUCUCAGCAGCAGCUUGAGGCUGAGGCUCAGAAGCACUGUGAGGCGCUGAGGAGAGAGAAGGAGGUAAGUGCCACACUGAAGUCGACAGUGGAAGCCCUGCACACCCAAAAACGAGAGCUGAGAUGCUCUCUGGAGAGAGAGAGGGAGAAAGCAGCGUGGUCGCAGGCAGAAUUAGAGCAGUCACACCCACGGUUGAAAGAGCAAGAAGGACGCAAGGCUGCGAGGAGGAGCGCGGAGGCCGGGCAGAGCCCAGCGGCUGCGGAGCGGUGGAGGAAGUGGCAGAGAGACAAGGAGAAGCUGCGAGAAUUAGAACUGCAGCGUCAGCGUGACUUGCAUAAGAUCAAGCAGCUUCAGCAGACGGUUAGAGACCUGGAGUCGAAGGACGAGGUGCCUGGCAGCUGCCUCCACCUGGGUUCUGCCCGCAGGGCUGCCGGCUUGGAUGCGGACCACCUCCGGGAACAGCAGCGAGAGCUGGAGGCGAUGAGGCAGCGGCUGCUCUCUGCUGCCCGGCUUCUCACCAGCUUCGCUAGCCAGGCCGUGGACAGUUGCUCACCACCCACAGGGUCGGGUUUGGAGCCUCCUGUGCCCCCCGGCUGGCGCUGCCCAGUGUCACUCAAGGCCACUCACACCCAGGAUGACGAUCGUGAUAUUUCAUAUGGGCAGAAAGGGACAGUUAAUGAUUGGACGUCAUCCAGUGAGAAAGCAAUGAUGUCUUUACUGCACACGUUGGAGGAGCUGAAGUCUGACUUGAGCAGGCCCAUCUCCUCCCAGAAAAAAAUGGCAGCAGAGCUGCAAUUCCAGUUUGUGGACGUCCUGCUGAAAGACAAUGUUUCCCUCACAAAAGCCCUCAGCACGGUGACCCAGGAGAAGCUGGAGCUGAGCAGAGCCGUGUCUAAGCUUGAGAAGAUGCUGAAGCACCAUCUGCAGAAGGGCUGCAGCCCGAGCAGGUCGGAAAGAUCUGCUUGGAAGCCAGACGAAACGGCUCCACAGAGUUCCCUGAGGCGCCCAGACCCCGGCCCGCUUCCACCAGCUGCCAGCGCGGAAGCGCACACCAGCAGCGUCAAGAUGGAAAAAUUGUACCUACGUUAUUUGAGAGCAGAGAGCUUUAGAAAAGCUCUGAUUUAUCAAAAGAAGUAUCUUUUGCUGUUGAUUGGAGGAUUCCAGGAUUCUGAACAAGAAACACUCUCCAUGAUUGCCCAUUUGGGGGUAUUUCCUUCCAAAGCAGAACGGAAAAUCACAUCUCGUCCUUUCAGCAGGUUCCGCACGGCCGUCAGGGUGGUCAUUGCAAUAUUGAGAUUACGUUUUUUGGUUAAGAAAUGGCAAGAAGUAGAUCGGAAAGGAGCUCUGGCACAAGGCAAAGCCGCUCGCCCAGGGCCCCGAGCACGACGGCCGCAGUCUCCACCCAGAACCAGAGAGUCCCCCCCAACCCGGGAUGUACCCUCUGGCCACACCAGGGACCCCGCCAGAGGCCACAGACUGGCAGCAGCAGCCUCCCCACACAGUGGGGGAAGAGCCACUCCAUCCCCAAAUUCAAGAUUAGAAAGAUCCCUGACUGCUUCUCAAGAUCCAGAACAUUCCUUGACAGAGUAUAUUCACCAUUUAGAAGUGAUCCAGCAAAGAUUGGGAGGGGUACUACCAGAUUCUACUUCAAAGAAAUCCUGCCACCAGAUGAUUAAACAGUGAAUAAAAUGUCAUGGCUCUUACCUGCGACAAUUCUAUUUGAGGAAAAGAUUUGUUUUUCCCUUUUCCCAAGGAAGCUCGUGGGACAGCAUGGGCACUACUCUUCACAUGCGGUGACACCAGCCCCCAGAUGCCUUGAAUUAAGUGUCCUCACCUUUAUGCAUGACUGCAAAGCCAGAUGGAGCAUUUUCUAUGGAGCCUCCAUAUGUUUUAGGACCGUGAUCUUCGUGAGGUGACAGGCACUUACUCCCAUGAGCCCUGGCUGUGUGCUGUUGUGUGCCUAUCGGCAGAUCCAUCCUUCCUGCCUGCAAGAAGGAUACACAGAGAAUAGCUUCCUGUUGUUUUGUUUAUUUGCUUAAUGUGUACAGAUGGAAGCUUCAUUUAAAAAUAAAAACAAAACAACUCAAAAAGGAAUAAAAUUUAAUCACUGUUUUGUUUGUGAA